UCGAACGAAGCCACCGCCUCGUACGUCGUCGUUUUGUAGCCCUCCUUUGUCGUAACAGAAACUGCUCGCCCGCCGAAAUUCGCCCAAACCGCCACCCCCGCCUGCUGAAGAAACAAACACAAAUCUCGCAAAUUCAAACCUCAAAGAGAGGGCAAAAUUUGGUGGUAAUGCGAAGAGAUUCGAAUUCAAAGUUGAAGUUCGGUUGAUCUUCACUUCUCCUUCUGCUCCAUUUGGCUAAUAAUCUGAGCUCGAAGUUUUAUUCAGCCAUGGAGGACGAAGCCCAGAAAAUGGUGGCGCUCCAAAAGGCUUACGCUGACAUAAUUCUUAACACGGUGAAGGAGGCAGCGGCUCGUGUGAUGGUAUCCGAGCGGAAAGCUCUUCGUUUCCAGCAGGAACUUUGUUCUGUCAAGGAUGAGGCACUUAAAAUGCUCCUUCGCUUGAAGAAAAUGAUCGAUUCUAAGAUGCAUGAAUCAGAAGUAGCAUCAUUAUGCCAGAGGAGAAAAGUUGAAGAACUUGAAGCCCAACUUCAUGAGGCAGAGGAUGUAAUAACAGAUCUUAGAAUACAGUUGAAAGAAGCCCUAUACGAUUUGGAGAAGGAGAAGAAAGACAAAAUGCAGCCUUUCAAAGGGAAGAUUAUGAAUAAGAUUACUCUCUCCAGUAAGUCUACCCUUGAGCCAGAUACAUCUAGUCCAUCCUCAUCAGAAAUGCAAACAGUGUCUUCUAAUUUGAGGAACACAAAGAUCAAACAGAUAGCCCAUGCAACAGAUGAUAGUGUGCCAAAGUCUGGCAAACGGUCACCUGUUUCUCCAGAGGACAUUGUCUAUUCUCAUGAUUCUGACUCUACCUCCACAGAAGCGAGGACCAAGGAGCGUGAAUUAUGUAGUAAGAGAUGCACCCAGAGAACUCGUUCAUCAAGAAGAAAUUUCCUGGAUUAUAGAUUACCUCUCGGUAUUGAUGUACAACGUAGGCAAGUCCUUGAAGAAAAUGAACCUACUAUAACUGGAAAGACAGAUACAGGGAAGAAUGUGCAUGGUGCAGUGUUAAAGAGGUCUGUAAAGCUUCAUACGUUAAGAAGGGCGUCCCAAUUUGAAAAAUGUAAAACAGACUCUUGCAGGUUACAUGGUAGUCAAUUCAUGAAACCUCAUCAUCCAUCAUGCGUCGUUUCCCUUUGCAAGCCAUAUUUGAAAGAUGGUAAUGUGAGAUCUGGUAAAAAUGGAUAUACUCCACCCUCUCUGAUGGCUGAUAGUGGGAAUGUAACCCAAAAUUCUUGUUUGUCGGAGGAGUAUAAUGUUGACAGUUACAAAGAUGUGAAUGGAAAUUCUUAUGGAGGACAACUAAAAGGGAACAUGAAAGGAGGGAAUUUAAAUGGUCACUCACCUGAUCAGUCAAUCAAGCCUUGUGAUAAGUCUUUUGUCCUUUCUCCAUGUAAUGCUUCCAUUAAUCUAGACAACGAUAGUGGGAGAUCUGGUGAAGGUCAUUCCAACGUUACUAAGCAUCAACGCAAGAUGAAGCAAUUAACCUGCUUGGAUCCAGGACUGACAUCAACUAGAAGUUAUGUUGAUCCUACAUCAGUGUCUACUAGUGUUACUGCCAGUACUAAGGUCAAUAGAUCCAGAAUUUUCCAGAAUUCAGCAAACAGUAAGAGAGAAAUGAUGGCAUUGUCAGUGAAACAAGAAAGUGGUGAAAUAAGAAAUUUGAUCUUUCCAAGUUCUGAAUUGAACUCUGAAAUGAACACUAAUACAAAAUAUGAGCAAAUAUGUGAAGUUACAAAUUGCUCUCCUUGCCUAGUAGACGAGAAAAUGUCUCUCAAAUGUACCAUACAAAGCAAACGCAAGAGGGAAGCCAUGAGCAUUUCUGAUGAAAAUAUUUCUCCUGGAAAGAGCAAGGGAAAAAGGAGGUUGCGUGAGAAACUAAAAUGUGAACCAGAGCUCAAGAGGUCUAACUUGACCAGAGAAUCAUCAAGUGAGAGGCGACAGUUGUCUCAAGUUGCUCGUCAGCUAGUAUCUUUGUCUGGAAAAAGAUGGUCGUGAUCAUGGUGAUUUAUUUUCGCCCUUCAACACAAUCAGAACCUGGAUAUGAUUUGCCAUCAAGCACGUCGGCCCUCCCAGGAUAUGUUUUUACUUUUCCAAAGAAUCCACAGGUUGGUGUUUAGCUUCAUUUAGUGAGAGAGUGAAGUGAAAUUAUUUUGUGCAGUUUUACUUGUGUCUUUAUCAAAUAGUUUUUGCUUUCUAAUAUUUCAUUUAAUUUAUAGGAAGAGAAAAAGAAAAACUAGGAGUGAUUUUCAGCUUCAAUGUGCUGAUGUUGUGAAAUGAGACAUGUAGGGUCAUUUUGUGAUGAUCUAUGUACUGUAACAAUAACAUGGUUUUGAAGCAAGCAUCCUUCUGA